AUGAAUCUCUCCUCAGCCGCUAAGCGGCUCGCGCCGGCAAUCGUUCCGUACAAGUCCCUCUCAACGGGACAUUCGUCUAGAUUAAUCGGAGAAUCUCUCCCCCGUCUCCUAACAUUACUCUUCCGGUCCUGCUCUGACUCAACUCUGCUUCGCCAAGUUAAGCAAGUUCACGCCUUUCUAAUCGUAAACAGAAUCUCCGGCGAUAGCUACAUGUCCGCGAAGAUUCUGGGCAUGUACGCAAUCUGUGGUAGCUUCUCGGAUUGCGGCAAAAUGUUUUACAAACUCGAUUUGCAUCGCAGUAGUAGCAUCAGGCACUGGAAUUCGAUUAUCGCAAGCUUCGUUCGCAAAGGUUUAUCGAAUCAAGCUUUGGCGUUUUACUUCAAAAUGCUUUGUUAUGGAGUUAGUCCUGACGUUUCCACUUUCCCUUGUCUCAUCAAAUGUUGCGUUGCUUUGAAGAAUCUCAGAGGGAUUGAGUUCUUCAGUGAUAAGGUUUCUUCUCUCGGCAUGGAUUGUAACGAGUUCGUGGCGAGUUCUUUGAUCGGAGCUUACGUUGAGCAUGGAAAGAUCGAUGCGGCGAGUCAAUUGUUUGGUAAAGUAAGUAAGAAAGAUUGUGUUAUAUGGAAUGUGAUGCUUAAUGGCUAUGCAAAGUGUGGAGAUUUCGAUAGUGUUGUAAAAGGGUUUAGUGAAAUGAGGAUGGAGCAGAUUAGUCCUAACGCUGUCACGUUUGAUUGUAUUUUAUCGGUGUGUGCCUCUAUGUCAUUGAUUGAUCUCGGAGCUCAGCUUCAUGGUCUAGCGGUUGUUUCCGGAUUGGAAUUUGAAGGCUCUAUCAAGAACUCACUUUUAUCCAUGUAUUCAAAAAGUGGGAGUUUUGGUGAUGCGUGUAAGUUGUUUCGGAUGAUGUCUCGUGGUGAUACGGUGACAUGGAAUUGCAUGAUCUCUGGAUAUGUGCAGAGUGGACUAAUGGAAGAAAGUUUGGUUUGUUUCUUUGAGAUGGUAUCUUCAGGUGUGUUGCCUGAUGCUAUCACGUUUUCUAGCUUGCUUCCGUCGGUUUCGAAGCUUGAAAGCCUCGAGUACUGUAGGCAGAUUCAUUGCUAUAUUAUAAGACAUGGCAUAACUCUGGAUAUCUUCUUGAAGAGUGCUCUCAUUGAUGCUUAUUUCAAGUGUAGAGGUGUUUCAAUGGCGGAGAAGAUCUUUAGCCGGUGUGACUCAGUCGAUGUUGGUGUGUUUACUGCUAUGAUCUCUGGCUAUUUGCAUAACGGCUUGAAUGUAGACGCGUUGGAGAUGUUUAGGCGGAUGGUUGGUGUGAGAAUGAGUCCAAAUGAGGUCACUCUGGUGUCUGUUUUACCGGUUAUCGGCGGUUUGUUGGCAUUGAAACUCGGGAGGGAGCUUCAUGGUUUUAUCAUCAAGAAAGGUUUUGAUAAGAGGUGUAAUGUUGGAAGCGCUGUUGUGGACAUGUAUGCUAAGUGUGGAAGAAUGGAUCUUGCUUUUGAGAUCUUUGGGAGGCUCUCUAAGAAAGAUGUUGUUGCGUGGAACUCAAUGAUCACAAGGUGUUCUCAGAGCGAUGAUCCGAGUGCGGCUAUUGAUGUUUUCCGUCGGAUGGGAGCUUCGGGGAUAGGUUUUGACUGUGUUGGUAUCUCAGCUGCUCUCUCUGCUUGUGCAAGCGUACCUUCAGAGAGUUUUGGGAGAGCUAUUCACGGUUUCAUGGUAAAGCAAGUGAAUGCUUCUGAUGUGUAUAGCGAGAGCACGUUGAUAGACAUGUAUGCUAAGUGCGGAGACUUGAGAUCUGCGGUGAAUGUGUUUGAGAGGAUGCAAGAGAAGAACAUUGUUUCUUGGAAUAGCAUCAUUGCUGCAUAUGGAAGCCACGGGAGGCAACAAGACUCGCUCUGCUUGUUUCGUGAGAUGGUUGAAGAAAGUGGAGUUCGUCCUGAUCAAAUCACGUUUCUUGAGAUGAUCUCUACGUGUUGUCACGUUGGAGAUGUGGAUGAAGGUGUUCGGUUUUUCAGGUCUAUGACUGAGGAAUACGGGAUCCAACCGCAGCAGGAGCAUUACGCGUGCGUGGUGGAUUUGUAUGGACGAGCUGGUCGGUUAGAAGAAGCUUAUGAGACAGUUAAGAGCAUGCCGUUUCCUCCUGAUGCAGGAGUUUGGGGAACGUUGCUUGGAGCUUGUAAGCUUCACAAGAACGUCGAGCUUGCUAAAGUCGCUUCGAGGAGGUUGAUGGAUUUGGAUCCGAGGAAUUCGGGUUAUUACGUUUUGAUGUCUAAUGCUCAUGCUAAUGCUGGUGAAUGGGGAAGUGUGACUGAAGUAAGAAGCGUAAUGAAAGAGAGAGGAGUUGAGAAGAUUCCUGGUGCUAGUUGGAUUGAGAUCAACAAAGUUACUCAUUCGUUUGUUUCCGGCGAUGGAAAUCAUCCUGAUUUUUCACAUAUUCAUUCUUUGCUAAGUGUACUUCUUGAUGAGAUGAAGCUAGAAGACUAA